AUGCUCUCACGGUUAGCAAUCCGCACUCUGCGGGCGCCAGCCCUUCAGGGACUGGGAAGGGCGACAGCAGCUAGACCAACGGCAUCUCUGCUUGCCGCGCGAACAUGGACGCGAGGCAUGGCACAGAACAACAAACCCAACACAACACCUAGCCAACAAACCAGCAAGUCCAACGCGCCACCCGAAGAGCAAGCGUCAAGUACACCACCUAAGCAGUCAGACAAUGCCACCAAACCGGAGGCGUCUGAUGCACAACCUGAACAAGUACCCUUCAACCUCCCCGACCUCACAAAAGGUCUGCCAUCCACAUUCGAGUACGAGGCGUCAGGCGCAGACAAGGCAUCUAAGAUGGCUCUGGAAGGCGUGGCAUCAGCAGGGGGACGCGGCAAGGGCGAGCUUCCCGCAUCAGCCUACGUCUCAUCUUCAGACCGAAGGCGACAAAAGCUUGCCCAAUGGCUAUUUUAUGGGUUCGUGGCAGGUGGUGUCUUCGGUGUCGUAUUCCUAGGAAGGAACUGGGAGGACGAAGAGGAGCGUGCAAAGCACCCCGACGUGCCAGAUGGUUGGACGCCUGGGCUCUGGUGGAAGCGUGCGAUGGCUCGCAUGGGCGACACGGUCAGCUACUACCAAGAACCUGCCUUCGAGAAGCUCCUGCCAGAUCCCGAUCCGGUGAACUCCCCUCCGUACACCCUUUGCAUUAGCUUGGAAGAUCUGCUGGUGCAUAGCGAAUGGACAAGGGAUCAUGGGUGGCGGGUAGCCAAGCGUCCCGGCGUCGACUACUUUAUCCGCUACCUCAGCCAAUACUAUGAGUUGGUGCUGUUCACAUCCGUCCCGUACGGAAUUGCGGAGCCUCUCUGGCGUAAGAUGGAUCCUUUCAGAUUUGUCCAAUGGCCGCUUUUCCGAGAGGCGACCAAGUAUGUGGAUGGAAAGAUCGUCAAGGACCUAUCGUACUUGAACCGUGACCUUUCCAAGGUUAUCAUUAUUGACACAAACCCAGAGCAUGUGAGCGCUCAACCGGAGAACGCGAUAAUCCUGCCAAAGUGGACUGGUGACCCACAUGACAAAGAUCUUGUGGCCCUUAUCCCGUUCCUCGAGUACAUUCAUACCAUGCAAUAUCCCGACGUGCGCAAAGUUCUCAAGUCCUUUGAGGGCAAGAAUAUUGCCGAAGAGUUUGCCCGGCGCGAGGCCAUCGCACGAAAGAAGUUCCAGGAGCAGCUUGAGGCAAACCGCAAGAAGCACCCGAACAAGCCUGGCUCCGGCGUCUUUGGCGCCCUCGGCAGCGCCUUUGGUCUCAAGCCCAGUAAGAUGAGCAUGAUGGUCCCCGUCGAAGGCGAGGAGAGCGUGGCGGACGCGUUGGCCCAGGGCAAGAUGCUUCAGGAUAUCGCUCGUGAGCGGGGUCAGAGGCAAUACGAGCGCAUCGACAAGAUGGUGCGCGAGAACGGCGAGAAGUGGCUCAAGGAAGAAGCCGAAAUGAUGGAGAAAAUGCAGGCCGAGGCCAUGGCUAACAUGAAGACGGGCUUUUUGGGCUGGUUUGGCUCAUCCGAACAGAAGGAGCAAGCGAAGGACGAGCAAAAGAAGGCUUGA